AUGCGGCUCAGAUCACGUUCUUGGGUGUUAGUCCUCAUCUUUACUCUCAAUAUCCUAGCCUGUGAAGCUGGAUGGGUUAGCAAGUUUCAAUGCGAUUCGUCUGAGUUACACGAGCCAUGGGAUACCCCAUUCCGAAUUGACAGCCUCCGUGGUAAAUUUGAGAGCCCGACAAUAUUCUCAUUGUCAAUACUGGCGAUCCACAACACGACACACUUUACAUGCAGCGAUCUCGACCUACCGUUGCUUGAGACUUCCUUUCGUUUCCAUGUCCUCGGUAUCCCAAUUGGGCAUAUAGAAAGCUUUAACAGCGAAUGCCCUCUACCAAUCACUGAGACCCUGACACCUCCGGAAGGCACACUUUUCUCAAAAUACGAGAUCUUGUAUUCUUUUGGAAAUGCCCAUCGGCUCCAAACUGUCUUUGCAGAAAUUAGUUUCAGGACACAAGAUGGCGCCCACCUUGAUUGUGCGGCAGCUAAGAUCACCCCGGAGAUCGGCAGAGCAGCCUCUGUGAUAUUCACAUAUCUCCCUGCUGUUGUUAUGGCCCUAGUUGGCGCCGCUUCAUGGAAGACGCAUGCAAAUGACGCACUAAGAUGGAUAUCGUUAUUUGAAAGCAGAGCCGCCUGGUCUAUUCUGGGCCCAAUGUGGGAAAUCAUUUCCGACCUAGCUGGCUAUUUACAGUAUCUGCAAUUCAUCUUUCUAGCUGGGUCGCUUACUUUGAAGUACCCUGGAUUCUAUCAACCGAUAGUUAGCCAAGCGGCUUGGUCUUCGCUUCUAUAUUGGAUGGGCCCUAUUGAUCAUGGUUUUACUUAUCCCGGGGUGGAAGAUGGCAUGUAUGUCACUAAUGGGUCUUACGGGCUCGAGUACAUGUCUCAAACGCUUGGUUUCCCCCAGAUGCCGGAUAUCACGAUUGAUUCAUUUAUCAACCUCUCAAUUCUCCUCUUCGCUGUCGUUGUCAUUUCUUUGAUCCUGUGUCUGAUAAUGUCACGAUUGAGUGGGGGUUUCCACCUGAGUUCAGUCACCUGGAACGUGGGUUGCAUUAUCAUCGGCAUGGCUCUGUCGUUCUCUAGUCUUCCUCUGCUAUCCUACUUGUCCUACGAGCUAGUUCUCAUUGGAUAUCUGCCUAACUACCGCAUCAUUCUAGUCGGAUUGUCGAUUGCAAUUCUUGUUUAUUCAAAUUUUCUCCUCACUCGCCAUGUUCAGCGUCAAAAGGAGCUCAACGAUAGCUCAUCUCCGGACGACUUCUCUCAGGGCGGCGGAUCAGCCGGAUCUCCAAUAAAGCCUGGGCAGUAUCUGUCGCAGUAUCUGCCAGCUGCAAUACCAUUGUUGCAAGGAAUUGUGAUAGGAGGAUUGCAAGACUGGGGCUUGGUGCAAGUCCUCCUGCUGAUGGGGACUGAAAUAAUUCUCCUCCUACAUAUGGCCACAUCACUUCGUGGCAGGCUCUUUGUGUCUAUAUCUGCUUGGUGCACUAUUGUCCGCCUUCUGACUAUUUGCCUAAGUAUCACUUUCGCAUGCUCAUCAAAUGAAACGACUAAACAAUGGGUCGGUUAUAUAAUGCUAUGUUUACAUGGCAUUAUGAUAAUUUUCGGUUUUCUUAUUUCUGCACUUUGGCAGCUGACUCAAGAUCUACCGGGGAACGUUGGGACUGUCCUAAAACCUCUAUCCAACCAAAGGAACAAGUCCAACACCGCGAGGUGUUCAUCUUCUGGCCACUUUAUGCCUGAUCCCGAGGACCGAACUAUGGGGAUUGUGUUGGAUAGGAUGGGAGAAAAUCGACAGAAAAGGGAAUUCACUGGACUAUUCAAUUCUGGUAGUUCAGAACCCUCAAGGAGAUCUGGUGUGCCUCUCAAUGCCUCCGUAAAUUCAACGAGUGCUUUCCCUUCACCAACCCACGAAAGAUAUCACAUCACAGAUUUCUCUGCCUUCUAUAGGCAACCACGACAUCGCUACAAGGAUCCACCGAAACGAUCAUCUGCUCUCAAUAACUCACAUGAAGAACCCGCUGAAAAUCCACGCAGUCAUUCUCAUCUAUCAAAUCCAUUUCAGGAUCCGUUGGACGAGCUUAUGGAAGUGCCUAUCAGACCCAACAUUGACUACUCUAUGAGAGAGUCCGAUUUAUUCUAUGGGAAAUUAGGCAACGGCUCCGCCUCGCCAGUACCAAUCCCGCAAGAGCCGCCAAAAGAAAGCCAAAAAAGUCGAAACCCCCUGCGCGAGUGGGCAGUCAGGGCUGUAGAGACAUUUAACCCUAAGAAGAAGAAGAAGAAGAAGAAGGAAAAGGGAUUUCAAGUGAUGAGACCGCCGCGACAGAAUUGA